UCCGUAGUGUUCGACAACAGUCACACGCAGCAAUGGCGGCUUUCACUGCCAGUACGAAAGGAAAUGAGCUAUCAAAAGCUGAGUAUCUUAAACGAUAUUUAUCUGCAGGAGACGACGAUAAAAAGUCCAAAGGCAAGGUUAAAAAGAAACGGAUUAAAGUACCUGAAAGGGGGUUAAAGAUAGUGGACGAUGAUAUCGACUGGAAGCAAAUGGUUGAUGAAGCAGCAGAGGAUACGGAAGAGGACGAAGAAGAGGCUCCGGUGAUUGCCGAGUUGAUCGAUGAGCGGCCAGAGGACGUCAAGCGACUCGAAGCCUUUAGGACCAGCGACAAGUGGAGGACGCUGGGGGAUGAUGAAAAUAACUCCACAGAGGACGGUGAGGAGGACGGCGAUGAAGUGUAUGAGGUGGUCGCUUCCCCGCGGCUUGCUCGCCGAGACUCGCCAGAUCCUGUGGCAAGGAAAACGGUCCGACAUGACUCACCAGAAGCCGGGCCUCUGAGGAAGAUGUGUCCAGACUCCCCGGACACAAAGUCUUCGAGGAUAACUCGCCAUGACUCUCCAGACUUGUCGCCUAGGAGACAAGGGAAACAGCAGAAGGGAAACAGCAGAGAGUCUUCUCCAGGCAGGAAGAAGCCCAACUCUUCAUCAAGUCAAAAGCGUUCAACAGACUCAACCAAGGCUCGGAACCGGCACGAUUCUGACUUGGACCAAUCGCCGCCCCGCAAGAAAAUGCAGAAGGGUGGGAAUACCGACGCCGACCAAUCACCUCCAAGGAAAAAGACCUUAAAGGGCAAGCAUUAUGACUCUGACCAAUCACCUCCAAGGAGGAAGUCCCAACCAGGUUCUGAUUCUGACCAAUCACCACCAAGGAAAGCCCAGAACGGCCAGGGCUCUGACUCCGACCAGUCUCCUCCCAGGAGGGCCAGGCAGGGUAGGGGGUCAGAUGACGAUCUGUCCCCCCCACGAAGGAAGGACCCAACCAAGGGCAUGCUCUCUGGAGGUCAGGCGGGUCUGGUUUCCAUUGACAUUCUACGGAAGGAGCAGGAAGAAAACAGACGCAGAGAGAAACACAACAAACCCCUAGAAGAGGACUCGCGAAAUGCGCAGACUGUGUUCAGAGACAAGAGCGGCAAGAGGCGGGACCUGGAGACCGAGCGAGAGGAGAAGAAGAGGGUGGAUGCGGAGAUAGCAGCCAAGGCUGAGAAAUACGCCAAGUGGGGCAAAGGCCUGGCACAGGGCCAGAUGUACGAGCAAAAAAUCGCAGACGCCAUGGUGGAGGUCAACAAGCCAAUGGCACGGCAACGCGACGACGAAGACCUCGACCGCAUGCUCCGUGAGCAGCAGAGGGACGGGGACCCCAUGGCUGCCAUGCUGCGACGGAAGAAGGAACGCACAGCUAAAGUCAAAGAGAGGCCGAGGUACAAAGGUCCACCACCCCCGCCGAACCGCUUCAACCUUCACCCAGGAUAUCGCUGGGAUGGAGUCGACAGGUCUAAUGGGUUUGAGCAGAAGCGCUACAGCCGGCAGGCGGAUAAGAGUGCCCUCCAGGACGAAGCCUACAAGUGGAGCGUGGAGGAUAUGUAGAGACCGUGGGAGGAUGAACACUGAACUACUGUCCAGCAAUGGGCCUUAUUCAUCCAGCGUCCCUCUGGGUUCUAAAUGCGAGCCAGGAUGGUUGCUCGUGUUUUGAACCAAGAUGGCUGCUAGGUGAAUAAGGCUGUGGCAGGAAGCAUCAAAAACGCCGCCUGAACGGGAAGCAGCCGCGCAGAUGCAUCACCUUAACGGUUGUUUUGAAUUUUGUAUCUCGGUGGAAGCUGCCAGUGGCUAUGAACCCAAGUUUCAUACACAGACUGAGGAACAAGGUUAACGCCACCCCACAACAAUAUCAUCACGCUGACUUUGUACCUUUUGAGCAUUUCUGAUUGAAGUCGGAGCCAAUGGUAUGGAUGUUGAUUGUUCUGAAACUGUUUUUUAUUAAAUGAGGAUAUUUUGUAAACCG